AUGUGGCCAAUAAUAGGUAUUUAAAAAAAUAUGUAUUAUUAGGUUGUGCGAUUUCUAAGAUGAUCAAUUGUGAACCCUUAUUUGACAAGAGAAGUGCUACUGAUUAACUAGUUGAAAUAAUCAAAAUAUUUGGGACGCCAACUAUAGAUCAUAUCAAUUAGAUGAAUCCUUAACAUUAGUAAUUCAAAUUUCCUUAAAUUAAAUGUCAUCCUUGGGCUAAGGUAUUCAAGUUUUAUAUUUUAUAGGUAUUUGCUAAGUUUAAACCAGAACCUCAUUUCAUUGAUUUCAUUAGUAAAAUAUUAGUUUAUUAACCACAGGAUAGAUUGAAGCCUUUGGAAGCAUUAUUGAAUCCCUAUUUUGAUGAAUUAAGACUGUCCAGUUUUUAAGAUGGAUAAAUGAAAUUGCCAAACUUCUGUGAUUUUUACAAAAGUACAGUAUGAGUUUUCUUUUGUAAAUAAGCUGUAUUUAUUGAGAUUAUUAUAAAAUUUAAAUAAUUUUCUAGAGAAAUUACAUAUCUAAUCAGAAAUAGUAAAUAAACUCACUCCAAAUUGGGUUAAAAAAUGA